CUUUCUGCCUUCGUUAUGGUUAACCUUGAUGUUAGCGAUGAGCAGACUGGAGAAAAGGAGUCCGGCCUUCUUCACAAUACAAUGAACGGGAGGUUAUGGCCACGCGAAUCCACUGCCCGGUUCCUAGCAGCACAGCCAGUCCCAUCGAUUCACGUUUCCAAAAUGGCAUUCAACGGCACGUGGCAGGUGUAUGUCCAAGAGAACUAUGAAGCGUUCCUGAGAGCUAUUGCCUUACCAGAAGAUAUCAUCAAAACCGCUAAAGACAUUAAGCCAAUAAUUGAAAUCCAGCAAACCGGAAACAACUUUGUUGUCACAUCCAAAACCCCCAACAAAUCUGUGACAAAUACAUUCACACUUGGGAAAGAAACAGAAAUGUCCACAAUGGAUAACAAAAAAGUGAAGUGCACAGUAAACUUGGUAGAUGGAAAACUAAUAUCCAAAACAGACAAAUUCACCCACGAGCAAGAAAUACAAGGCAAUGAAAUGGUGGAGAGAAUAACGGCAGGUUCUGCAACGUUUGUCAGGAAAAGCAGGAAGAUCUAAAAAUGCAAAUAAGACUUUGGUUUGCAAUAGACAUUUUUAUAUUUGGGAAAUAAAAUAUACUUUCCAUCA